UACCUGCCCCUCUCCUUCCCUGUCACUGUCUGUCCGCCCCGCAGAGCUGCGGCACAACUUAGCAACGCAUUAAUUUAGCAAAAAUGAGCGACAAAGGUCUGUCAGACGAGGCAGCGGUAGCAGCUUGCAAAGAUGGAGACCCCGUUACAAAGGACUUCAUGAUGCAGCAGACGAUGCUGCGGGUUAAAGAUCCGGUUAAAUCCUUGGAUUUCUACACCAGAAUCCUCGGCAUGACGCUCCUGCAAAAGUUCGACUUCCCCUCCAUGCGCUUCUCUCUCUUCUUUUUGGGCUACGAGGACAAGAAGGAGAUUCCCACAGAUGUGAAGGAAAAGACGGCCUGGACCUUCUCCAGAAGAGCCACCAUCGAACUGACACAUAACUGGGGCUCUGAGUCUGAUGAGAGCCAAUCUUAUCAUAAUGGAAACUCUGAUCCACGUGGCUUCGGACACAUUGGAAUCGCAGUUCCAGACGUCUACGCAGCCUGCAAAUUGUUUGAAGAGCAAGGAGUCACAUUUGUCAAGAAGCCUGAUGAUGGUAAAAUGAAAGGCUUGGCCUUCAUUCAGGAUCCUGAUGGUUACUGGAUUGAGAUCUUGAGUCCUAACAACAUGGUGUCCAUUACCUCCUAAAGCCUACGAUCCAACACGCUACCUGCUGCAGUGUAUACAAGCCAGGCCUGCUGUGGCCUCACUGGGAGAGCAGAACACUGGGGAUUAGCCAAGAAUUUAGCAACAUGCGCUGGAGAGCUGGGGGGAAAUGGAGCGGGAUCACUUGCACAAUGGCAAUCAGUGUGCCCUGCGUGGGCUGGACUAACAUUGGACAGUUGAUAAACAACUAGAUUAAAUAUGGGAGUUAUUGCUCUGAAUAGAAAAUCCUUUGUGUGGCAGUUUGUUUACCAUCAUCAGUUUGUAUGUGUCUUCAGAUAGUAUUGCUAAAAUAAUGUGGCAUUAAUGUGUAAUAAAUGUGAAAGCGACCGUUCAAAUA